AUGGCGGCGAACGUGGCUGGCAGCUCCGUGACUGUCUGCGUGCGGCUGCGGCCUUUCCUGCCGCGGGAGAGAAGACAGCAGGCGGUAGCGCACGUCAACGGCAACACGGUCAACAUUCUGGAACACGUGGACCAGCUGUAUGGCGAGCCAAAAACGGAGCAGCGGCAGUUCGUAUUUGAUGUUUGUUUGGGUACGGACACUGGCCAGGCGAUACUCUACGAGCGUAUUGGGCAGCACACCUUGCAGAACGCCUUGGCAGGGCCGCGCGCCCGGCCGCCCACGCCCCGCGGGGAGCGCCCGCGCGAUGCCGCAGCGCUGCGCGGGGAGCGCGUGGCGGUGGACCAGCGGCGCGACGCGUUGUAG